AUGGGGUAUGGACUUAACCGGUUUGUCACUCAUGUGGAUCAGAAUUUGAUUUGUAGUAUUUGCGCGGGGGUCUUGGAAAAUGCCGUCAUUACGCCUUGUGGACAUUCAUUUUGCGAUGAAUGCUUGCAUAUCUGGCUCAAUCGACCUAACACCACGACAUGUCCUUCUUGUCGAUCCGACGUUUCUGAUCACGAUGUGAUUCCGGUUUUGGCUCUCCGAGGAGUGGUAGAGGGACUUGCCGUUCACUGUGACAACGAGGAGAACGGUUGUAAAAUGGUUUUAAAACUAGAUAAGCUUAAAGCGCAUUUACAAGUGUGUGAAUUUGGCCUGAUCGAGUGCGGGGCCUGCGGAAAGAGCGUCAAGCGACAUGAGUUACCAGACCACCACGCCGACUGCGAAAUAAUCAAAGAUUUGGUUGCUAGACACAAGAAACGUACAAAGGAGGAACCGACCAUUGAUGGGCUUACAAGGCAGAUCGCUGUGCUGGAGUUGGAUUUAAACAAAACAAAAAGAUCAUUGAUGGAAUCGGAAGGGGAUGUGCGACGUGUGAAAAUAGAACUCAGAGAAUUACAAUUCCAGUUGGAGAUGAGAAUGUAUGACGAGAACAGCGAAUUUGAUCCUGACUGGGACCCCGAUUACAACUACGGCUACUCCCCAGCAAGCAUCGCCCAACUCGCCAGCCUCGUUAUGCGCUAUCUACUGAACAAGCCCUACUAUGUCGACCGAAAUCGCAUUUUUAACGCGGUUAAACGAUGUUAUGAUUAUUACCGCGGCUACGCUGGAUAUUCACAAGACGUCCAUAUGCUCUUGGCUACUAGUUACGCCAGCAACUGGUUCACCGAGAACCAAAGAUCAAACUUUGAUUCUUGGCUGCGAAAUUUGGCGCGGGAAAGGCUAUUGACAUCUGGCUAG